AAGAUUUUGCAUUUCCGGGGAGGAGAACUGUAUGUAAACAAUACAGUUCUCCUCCCUGUCAGCUCGUGCACACUGCUUUGGAUGGCUGUGCACGGCAGAGUCAUGCAAAUCAGUGUGAUUACAGUGAAGCACAGACACACAGACACAAGUAAAACACUCCCAGCACACAGUUAACCCUUUGAUCACCCCUCAUGUUAACCCCUUCCUGCCCAGUGCCCUUAGUACAGUGUCAAUGCUUUUUUUUAGCACUGUUCAUUGUAUUGGUGUCACUGGGGAUGUUAGUGAUACCACAUCAGUUCCCCCCAGUGUCAGAAUGCCGGCUGUAGUCCCGC